GAUAAAAACGUUGCAAAAUUCUAAUUUCCGACAUGACAUAUAUAUCUUAAUAAAAAAAAAGAAAGAAAAAGCAGCAUGCAUAUAAAUAUGUUGGUGUAUGAAAACUGAAGAACAAAAAGGGGGGAAGAAUAUUGGAAUAUCUGGGCUUUAAGCAACCUUUGUUCCAAGUAAUUCUCCUUUUGUAAUGCACAAAAGUUGAUUUAUCUCCAAAUGCUCAUCACUCAUCUCCGACCUCUUCAAACCAAAACUUGAUGGCAGUCACUCAUGCCGAUCUUGCUCCCACCCCCAAACCCACUCUUCUCCGCACCAAAACUGCCGCAUUCCUCAUGGUAUUAUGCAUAUUGUUAGGCCUCUUCUGCUUCAUCCUCUGCCUCGUCGCCGAGUCUGCCCGCUCCCAGUGCGCAUACACCGGCGGCGGGAAGCUGCCUCUUUUAUCGGCAACUGCCGCAUUCUUGGCCCUGGCAAUGGCCAUGGUGGUGCAGCACACAUACUUAUUGCUCGCAGUGAGUGAUUCGGACGCUCUGAUGGAGAUGUCGUGGGACCUCGAUUCUGUCUUUGCCAAAAAUCUUACACGACAAGCUGGAUCUUUCUUCGUCGCCACGUGGAUGUCAUUUGCAGUAGGAGAGAUUCUACUACUGAUCGGACUAAGCAUCGAGUCGGGCCACCUGAAAAAUUGGGCGGCGCCACGGCCUAGUUGCCUAACCAUUCGACAAGGUUUGUUCACAGCAGCCGGAGUUCUCGGCCUAGUGACGGUAUUCCUGGCCUUCGGCCUAUACAUCACAGCGUUACGUGCAGAACGAUACUUUGAAGAACGGGAAAUUAGACGAAGAGAAAUGUGGGAGGCCUCAGUCAUGUAUGCCUCCCCACCAAGAUCGCCUGAAAGAACUACUAUAAGGGCUGCUCCUAGUGAGAGCCCUUUGGCAAGACAAGAUCAGAGUGUUCUUACAUUGUACCAUUACUUGAGAGCCUUUGACAAGCACUCAACUCUUGUCUGAAAGCAAAGAAUGUCUGUCCAACUCAAAGAGUAUAUAUGCAACAAUUUGUGGGUGAAAAACAAGCAUACAAUUUAUUACAUGGAGGUCUUAAGUUUGAUUGGUUGAGGUUUGUAUAGAAUCAUAGAGAUUGAAUAGUCGAAAGAUGUUGGUGAAAAUCCUGAGAACAUAAUUAUAAGUUAUUAUA